AUGCAUCGGUCCUUCGAUCAUGUAUCCUCGUCUACCGGUCCGAUUUCCCGCUACAAGCCACGGAACGAGUUCCCCCGUUGGUGCCGUCCCCGUCCUUCCACUUUGACCCUGGGAGAGGUUCAUCCGUCAGACCGUCUCUUUUCUUGUGUUUUUUCCCCGUGCAGAGCUCAGAUGGAGCCGGGCUCCGCGGUGGGAGCUCUUUGUGCCCAGAGCAUCGGAGAGCCCGGCACUCAGAUGACCCUGAAGACCUUCCACUUCGCCGGUGUGGCGUCCAUGAACAUCACUCUGGGGGUGCCUCGCAUCAAAGAGAUUAUCAAUGCAUCAAAGAACAUCAGCACCCCUAUAAUCACGGCUCAUUUGGAUGUGGACGAAGACGCUGACUUUGCCCGGCUGGUGAAGGGGAGGAUCGAGAAAACACUUCUUGGAGAGAUCUCUGAGUACAUAGAAGAGGUUUUUCUACCCGACGACUGCUUCAUCCUGGUGAAACUGUCCCUGGAGAGAAUAAGGCUGCUGCGCCUGGAGGUAAAUGCGGAAACAGUGCGUUACUCCAUCUGCAUGUCCAAACUCCGGGUGAAGCCGGGAGACAUCGCUGUGCACGGCGAGGCGGUGGUGUGUGUGUCUCCGCGAGAGAACAACAAAAGCUCCAUGUACUACGUGCUGCAGCAAUUAAAAGGGGAACUUCCUAAGGUGGUGGUUCAAGGGAUACCUGAAGUUUCCCGAGCUGUGAUUCACAUCGACGAACAGAGCACCAAGACCAUGUACAAGCUCCUGGUGGAGGGGGACAACCUGAGGUCUGUCAUGGCAACGCAUGGAGUGAAAGGAAGCAAGACUACUUCAAACAACACAUAUGAGGUGGAGAAGACUUUGGGUAUUGAGGCGGCCAGAUCCACCAUCAUAAAUGAGAUUCAGUACACUAUGUCGAACCAUGGAAUGAGCAUUGACCGGCGCCACGUCAUGCUUCUAGGAGAUCUCAUGUCCUACAAGGGGGAGAUACUGGGAAUCACCAGGUUUGGUUUAGCCAAAAUGAAGGAGAGUGUCCUCAUGCUGGCCUCCUUCGAGAAAACAGCUGAUCAUCUCUUCGAUGCCGCGUACUUCGGACAAAAGGACUCAGUCUGUGGUGUGUCUGAGUGUAUCAUCAUGGGGAUCCCAAUGAACAUCGGAACAGGACUGUUCAAACUGCUCCACAAGGCUGAGAAGGAUCCCUCUCCAGUCAAAAGGCCUCUCCUCUUUGACAAUGCGGACUUCCAUAUACCGCUGAUCACAUAGCAGUGUGGGAAGAAGCAGCAAAUAUGUUUUGAAGUUGUUUGUUCCCCCCCUCCUGCUGUCUACAGACAUGUUGAGAUUAUCUUCAGCAAAUACAGAAGUGCCUGGCGAAGAAUUUGACAUUUCCUCUGUCGAGAUAUUCAGAAAAUAUGAUUAUGAAGUCUCUUUUGGGGGGGAAGGAUAUUGUCUAAGUUGCCACAAACUGAGGAUUCAGCAUUGCAUUUACACAACACGUUUGUGAGCAGGUAAGAGGCAGUGAAAUUGCUUCUUCCAGUUAACUGUGGCUUUGAUGUAACUUUUUGGCUUUCUUUACUUGUGUGUUUCCUGUGUUUAUUAAGAUGUUAUGAAAAUCACAUGAUCUUUCAACGUAAUGCCUCUGAACAAGUGUGCGGCAGACAAAAGGUUUACCUCUUAAUCAUAAAGAAGAUUUGGUCUCUUCUGGUUUGGCACUUAUGUUGGCAUUGUAUAAUAAAAUGCUUGUUUUCAGAGAUAUAACCUUACAGGUGUCCUUUUCUGAAAAAUGUAUAUUUUUCACAGAAUAUUCGAUAGGCAGCAGUUCAUUGGAGUAUACAUGUUUCAUCCUGUGUGAAUCCAAGUAAUUAAAUAAUGUAUAUAAUAAAAUAAACAGAAUCAUGGGAAAGCA